AUGGGUGUUAUUGGUUCUGCCGCUGCUUUUAAGACAACCACUUAUGAUUCUAAAUUUCAUCAAAAUGGAUUAUGUCACUUCUUAGAGUACUGCCAACAUAAACCAGAAUGUUGCCAAGUAUUCCUUAAAAGAACAAAGAAACACAUCAGUAGAAAAUAUAAUCAUUAUUUUAAACAUUUUGCCGAAACAAAUAAUCUUGAACUCAUCCCUUCUCUGGUCGCAUACACAUUGCUUGGGUGGCCUGUUGAACGAACGGACGAAAUUGGUGUUAAUAUGAAGCAUAAAGUUGAGGAUUUGGAAAAAGAAGAGAUUAUUUUUCUCGAUGGAAAUAAGAUUAAGCUUCCGUUUAUCACACUUCACGAAAUUUAUUAUUCUCAUAGAAAUUCUCUAUGUCCUUUUAUUGUAUAUCCUCUAGUUUUUGGCAUUGUGGUCUUUGAAU